AUGCAGGACGCGCCAGAGAAUUCUGAGACGGAGGAAUCUACGAAGGAGAGCGAGGCGGCCAAGCAGAGGGCUGCGCGUGCGCAGGCCUCGAUCAAGGAGAGAGAGAGACAGGUGCAGCGGGCGCUGGCCACCAGCCUGCGGGACAGAGACAAGGAGAGGGAGUACCACAAGAGGGACGAGGCGGUGCAGCACUUCAACGCACUUCUAGCUGAUCUGGUACGGAACCCGGACCUGACGUGGCGCGAGGCGAAGAAACAGCUGAAGAAAGAUCAUAGAUAUAGUCUGGCUGAAGAACUCAGUAAGGAUGAUAAGGAGAGAUUGUUCAGCCAGCACAUCAGCGUCGUGUCCAACAAGAGGCGCGACAAGCUGCGGGCGAUGCUGACUGAGCUUGGUGUUGACUCUACGGCGCAGUGGAAGGAAGUUAAAACACAGCUACAGGAAAACCCAGCUGCUCCGACGUAUAAGAGUGCUGCGCAGAUGGAACGUGAAUUCCGUGACUAUCAAAGGGACAAGCAGAGCAACGCCAAAACGGCUUUAAGACAGCUGCUCCUGGAGACCAGGGCUAUCACACACAGAACUCUGGCCGCUGUCAGGGACGGACCACAGGCGUUGACAGCCCUACACGAUACUAUCAAACACGAUGCUAGAUACACGGCCCUGGAUCACAUUCCCGAGGAGCGGCAGACUAUCAUCAUGAGCUACCUCGAGGAAUUGGAUAAGAAGGGCCCGCCACCGCCGCCCACAGCCACCGAGCCCACCAGGAGGACCAAGCAGUGA